AUGCCGACCCAGAAUGAAGACAAGUAUGGGAGUACUGCAGACCCUGCGUCUAGCUUAGCGCCUCAUGCCUCAUUUCGGCGGAACUUGGGUACGUCCGAGGCGUUCAGCAUCAUCAUUAAUAUCGUAAUCGGAAGCGGUCUUUUCACGUCUCUUGGCGCCAUUGACACCAAUGUCCCCUCUCCAGGUGCAGCACUGGUCGUUUGGUUUGUUGGGGGCAUCUUGGCUUGGACAGUUGCUGCAACUAUGGCCGAGCUCGGGGCGGCAAUUCCUGGUGAAGGAGGUGUUCAACAGUACCUCCAGUAUAUCUACAGCGAGGCCUUUGGCUUCCUUGCCGCCAUUGUGUUCGUGGAAAGCAUCUACAGUGCGACCGGGGUGACCGAUCAACCCGAUAGGACUGCAAAUAAGCUUAUAUCCUCUCUGGUGUUGCUCGUCAUUAGCAUGGCGAACUCGGUCAGUACCCAAUUCAGUACGCGGCUGAACACAUUCUUCCUCACCACCAAGUUCGCUGCUAUCGCGGUCACCAUGGUUGCGGGACUGGGUGUCGUCUUCUAUCACCUUGCUGGCUGGGAUAGAGAUAAUUCACGUGAACCACAGGACUGGUUGACGAGAGCCUGGUUUGGUGCUCGUAACACCGUUGGCUUGGACGGAAGGGAGAUGGAGUGGCAGAAGUUACAUGGGUGGGAAUCUCUCGGUCAUUAUUCCGACGCACUUUAUGGUGCAUAUGCAGAACUUUCUGCUCCGGCCCGUCAGUUGCCUCUAGCCAUCAAAACCGCCGUUCCCCUUAUCAUCCUCAGUUUCAUCGCAGUGAAUAUUGCCUAUUACAUCCUGUUGUUUUGGAGAGUAGUGUCCACAACCGAUAGUGUAGCAGUGACUUCGUUCAGCCACCUACUCGGACCUACAUUUGGUGCCAUAGCAGCGGGCCUUAUCUGCCUGGUGGUGGCAGGAUCCUUGCUGGGAAGUUCUUUUGUCGCCGGUCGCAUAGUGGUUGCUGCAGCCUAUUGCAACUGGUUGCCCGCCCGCGUGGGCUCCGUUUCAGGGCGAUCGACCUCGACAGCAGAUGCCCCCAUCAAUGCGAUUCUCUUCUCUACCGCCGGUUCCAUUGUGUACAUUUUCUUCGGGGACUUCCGGGUCUUGGCGGCAUUCAGUGGUCUCUGCCUGCUCCGCCCGUACAAGCCGAUGAUCUGUGUUCCCGUUGUGUUUGCUUUGGUAAGUAGGUGUGUGGUUGCUUGUGGCGCUGUUUUUGCUCCUGUGCAGGCCGUUGUGCUUAUCGGACUGUGGCUGGUGGGCCUAGGGUUGUAUAGUGCGAGGAGGCAAUGGAUAGGGAAGGGAGAGGCGGAGAGUAGCGAGCAAUAG